AUGGCAGCCCUCGCUAAUCGCACUGCGUCCAACGGAAAAACUAUCCUGGUCACUGGCUCGACGGGGUUUAUUGGUUCGCACAUCACGGCGGCCUUCCUAGAAAGCGGAUAUCUCGUCCGGGCUGCAGUGCGCUCCCAGACGGCUGCUUCUCAGGUCUUCAGCACCCAUUCGAAAUAUAUAGACAGGCUAUCGCUGUGCAUUGUACCAGAUAUCACACUGCACGGAGCGUUCGACAGCGCGGUCAGUGAUGUUUAUGGCAUCGUUCACUCAGCUUCCCCGUUCCACUUUAACGCUGAGAGGCUGUCUGAAAUUGUUGAUCCAGCCAUUAGCGGCACGACCUCACUCCUAGAAUCCGCCUACCGGUAUAGCCCGGGAGUUAGGCGUGUGGUCAACACAUCAUCCCUCGCGGCGAUCCUGGACCUCAGUAAGGGUAUCCGGCCUGGGUAUACAUACACAGAGGCAGACUGGAACCCUGUUACUGCCGAUUCGCUCUCAACCGCGGACCCACUCACGCUGUAUUUGGCAAGUAAGGCUUUGGCCGAACAGGCAGCGUGGAAGUUUAUGGAGGACGAGAAGCCUGGCUUCACCUUGACCACCAUCUGUCCCGCACUCACGUACGGGCCCAUUAUCCACCACGUGGAAAGCCUCUCGGGCCUCAACACGAGCAUAGCUGACUUCUACCGGCUCAUGGAUGGAACGUGUGCUGCUGUGCCUGAGGGAUCACCUAUCUCAUGCGUAUUUUCGGAUGUCCGGGAUGUGGCCAAGGCUCACCUGCUUGCCUUUGAGUCUCCCGAUGCCGCAGGCCAGCGCUAUCUCGCUGUGAAUGGCUCUUACGCUUAUCAGCAAAUCGUUGAUAUCCUUCGCAGUGAGGUCAUGCAGGCACGGGAGAAGACAGCCGUCGGACAGCCUGGUUUGGCAGGGCCCGAAACCUACCGGGUGUCUAAUUCGAAGUCCAGAAGCGAACUUGGCUUGACAUACCGAACUUUGGCGGAAACCGUCGUCGAAACCGCUUACGAUCUGUUGCGAAUCGAAGAAAUUUUGGUAGGAAACAAUGUUCAUGGAUAG